CAGACUGCUCUUCACGUUGCCUGUACGACAGGAGCCGUGGAUGUCUGUGAGACAUUACUGACAAGACUGAAGGACAGCAGAACGGCCGGGGCCGAGGCGGUGACCAGUUGUGUGCUGGGGACAGACAAUGCAGGAAUCAGUCCACUCAGCCAGGCUGUUAUCCAUCAACAUUUUGCCGCGGCAUUGAGAUUACUAGACGCUUGUCCCAGGGCCUCCCUGAUUUCAUUUUUGAGCGGGGGCAUGCAAGAGCUGUCCAAUAGUGCAGCGUCUAAAAAUGAAGAGGCGGUGAGCGGUACACUACUCUCACUGUCAUUGGCGGUAAUGACUGUGAAUGGGAGGGGCCAGGAAGAAAUGGGCGGGACAAACACAGUGCGACAACUACUGGAGACCAUCCGUGACCACGUCAGCACCAUUGAGACAUUAGCAUCUUCGUGCUUGCUGUUAGCCUUGCUUUUAUGGCGAGGUGAGCCCUUAGAAAAUUACAAACACGUUCAUGAAGGAAUCGAAGACAUCCCAAAAACAGUGGUGUGGGAAGACCGUGGUGAUGUCUUCUUUGAAAGCCAGGGUCCUCAGAUUUUAGCAGGAAAACUGGGUCUUCUCGUCGACUCUGAGAAAGCAAGCAAAAGUAGGAACGUGGGCUGGGCAUUGCUGCCUCUGGGUGUGAUGACUUCUGUCAAAGCAGGUCGAGACUGGUUGCACAAUAACGGGAGCCAUCUGAGCUUCUACAAAGAGGUGCUGAUGCGGCAAAAAGCAGAUUUUGAACAUGGCAGUCUUUCCGCCCACUUUCCUGGGCUAAUGUCCAAAGUGACCCAUAUAACCAGUCGCCUUCUGACGUUCAUCGAAGCCAUGGAAGUCAAUGAUAGAGAACAGAAUUUGGCCGAGCUGUUAGCGGAGGAAGAAAGAGAUCGUUUGAAGAGAGAGAGAAAGAAGAAAAAGAAGCAGAAGAGACAGCAGAACAAGCAGGGCCAGUUGGCGAGGAGUGUGAGUCUUCAGGCUGUCGGUGAUUGUAGUUCUGAGGACGAGAACGAUAGCGUCAGUGCUCACUCAGGUCUGGCUGAGACCUCGCAGUGGGUGACCAGGACUCGGUCCCAGAGACUUGCUGGCCACGGCGGGACUGACAGAGAGGAGCGCGCUGCUUUCUAUGAACAGCAGUUUGGUUUGAUGGAGAAUGUACAGCCGUCACAGCGCCAGGCCUCCAGGUACAGUCGUCGCACCACAGGGUCAUCAAGCACUUCCCACGGUGUUACAGCAUUUCCAGAUGCAGACAGUGAGUGGCGACCGUCUGUGACUGUGACAGACGAGUUUCCCCCAAUCACAAGACUCAGCGAAGACAAGAGCAACCAGGAGUCGAACGAGGGCUGGGUGAGAGUGGAAAGUCGGAGGCAAACUCAGAAGGGAGUAGUCUCUAGGCAGGUGCUGGCUUCCAAUUCAGGACAAAAUCUCUCCCCAGGUGCUGCAGCUGUCGUGAGGCCAACUCCAUCUGAAGCUGGCAAGUUGGGACCCUUGCGGUGGGCCGAUGUAGCUAAAAUCGGCUGUCCGAGAGAUAACGGGGCGAGGAAUUUUACAGUGCUUCUAGGCGAAAAUAGACCUUGCGGCAACGAUUCCACAAAGGUGUCCGCGCUGUGUAAGAAUCACGACACCCAAUCUGGGCAAAUAUCGGAGACGUCAGAGAGGAGUAAGUUAGAGAGUGUUAGUAAUGAGAUUGGGGGAUGGUUUCAUGUAGCAAAAUGCACACCUUCCAAAGAGAACUCUGUCAUCAAACAUGAUUUAGAAGAAUCGGGUGAAGUGGAUGAUUCUGAGACUGACAGUGAGGACAGUGCAGCUUCGUCGUCCUCUUCUGAAUGCAUAGACGGCCUUGAUGCCAACGUUGUCGCUGGCGAGAUAACAAAAUCUGUGUGUAAUACUUUCGCAGAGCCCACCACUGUCUCCUCGGAGUGUAAAAGCCAACACAUAGUUUGUCCUGAAGAAAUAACAACGGACACUUGCACGGACUUUGCGUUCAUUAACAGCAGUAGAGCGAAUCUUAAAUCCAGAGGUCACAGAACAAAUAAAGGAAGCCAGGGGAAUGUCAGCACGAAGAAUGUAGAAUCACCUCGACCAAGUGGCUCAUCAGACUGCGCUGAGAAAGUGACAAAAAGCACAAAAGGUGACAAUGUGAAAGGGCCUCGGGCGAGGUCCGUGGACAGGUGUAACGGACGGAAUGAAAUGUUGAAGGCUCCAUGGAUAGUGACCAGCAACUCUCGCAGCAUAGAAAGCAGUGCCCUCUGUGACGUCACUGGAGCGAGAGAUGACGGAGAUCUGACGUUGUACAAGAGGGAAUUGUCAUCAGACCAUCCUUCAAGCUCCUUUUCGGGCUUUACGCACACUGUGCAAACAAAAAGGCACCAGGAAGGUAUACAGUCAUCAACGCCUUUGGAAAUAUCUAGAAAUUCGUCUGACACAAAGUCAGUUAUUAGGGAGUCGUGCCAGGCAUUUGACUCUUGCUCAGAUUCUCCGAGCAUGGCGACGGCGAAGGAAGAGACUGCCCAGGAGACACCUUGGUCUCGGAACAUUUGGGAUUUUCAUUCAUCCGAGUCUAUUCAAGCAUCGCCUGGGCCCAGUGAGAACUGGCAUUGGAACACCAUGCUUGCUUCUGACCAGUCUUCUGCCGCAGACACAAUGACCUCGCAGAAUGCCUGUGUCAGUUCAUUGGCUUUUAUGCCGAGCUUAUCUGGCAUGACGAAUCUCCUGGACCUAAAUCCGAUCCUGACGUCUGUGGCCGAACCAUCCUUCUCCCAGUCCCCUAAUCCUCUGGUCAGAGCUACAGUGGCCGGUACUUCUAUCAGUGAAGUACCUAAAUUGGCCGACUCUUCUAAAGCCCGUCCAUCCGCUCCGCCUGGGUUCGGACACGAUUCUAUUAUCUAUUCAACCGGUCGUAUGUGGGGAGGCAAUCCAUUCGUCUCUUUCAAAAGUGACGCUUCAGAAACGUCUAGUCUGCCAACAUCGAAUCUUCCAACGACCACUUUGCCAACGUCUUGCUAUUUUGUUACUUCCUCUGAAGCAGACUACCCACUUGCUUCAAUGUCGAAACCAUCUCUGUCCUUCAAGUCAAUGCUGCCGGAGAAAACAGUACUUACCCAAGGAUUGCUCCCUUCAAGACAAACUAACUCUCUCUUCAGCACGGUAAAGACAUCUACUCCUGCAGUAGGAAUUGUUGGACCGUUGGCUUUCUCCAACUCCUGCUCCGUCCAGACACAAUGCGACCAGUCCACAACUUAUUUUUCAACAGCACCGACGUCACAGGCAGUCUUUGGGGGUAGCGAAGGACUAACAAAUAAGGUGACCAGCAACACCUUCAGCUGGGCUGACAAAGCAAGGCUGAACGCUCCAAUGACCUUCACCCCUGCUACAGCGAUCUCAGGGCUGUGUGAUGUUUCUGCGUUUCUCCCUGGCAGUAUACAGCAACGACACCAAGACCAACAACAGCAGCAACAACAACAGCUGAAGCAAACUCAAUUUCUGCAACCGCAACAGCAGCUGCAUAUUCGGCAACAGCAACAACAUCAUCAACAGCAGCAGCAGAUAAAUCGAGACAUCUGUCUAAAUCCCUUUGUGGGCAAUAUUGACAGCGUGUUUAAUAGAACUCUUCCUACUUUCCAACAACGUAGACAUUUAUCAAUAAUUCAGCAGCCCCUAAACCAGUUAGAACCUCAGCAGCAGCUACCGGUGCCCUUGUGGUUGCAACAGCAGCAACAGCAGCAACAUCAGCAACAGCAGCAGAAACAGCAGCAACAGCAGCAACAGCAGCAACAAAAGCAGAAACAGCAAAUGGGAGAGGUUCUGUCCCAUCGGCAGCCCAAACCACGUUCCGCAAUUGGCCAAAAGCCGACGUCCAAUCUCUCGGAGCAUGAUAGCAGCCAACCCCUAAACCCUCCCAGUCCCCCGGUGUUGUUUCCGUCGGACCUGAGAGAUGAUGACGCGAGUGACCCUGGUCUUGCAGAGAGCAGGAGCAGCAACUUCCCCGCUUUCCAUGAUGUCAGUUCCGGGGACAUUGUUGCCGAUCUCAUCUCAGAUUCGCUGUUCAUGGAGAAGGUUGCGAUAAAUCAAAUUCGUCUGCAGUUUCUGAACUCCCGCCUGAGGGAUGCUGCCCGAGAAUGUUCCAUGAACUCACUGCGAGACUCGGCGUUUUCCUCCAACCUCGACUACUACGCCUCACUCUACAAGCUCCGGAUCAAAGACAUGAUCAGUCCUGAGCGCUGUGGCGAACAAACGCAACUUGGAGCGACGGACAAUGCUGCUCCUCCCGGAUUCGUUCAAGGAAAUCUUUCUCGUCCUGACUUUGACCUGUCAUCGAGCCUGUUCCAGUGGCCAUCCGAUGAUACAGAGAUCAGGCCGAGCUCUCCGGACAGAGAUGUUCCUCGCUAUAGCAGGCGUUGGCGUGACGCAAUGAGCAGGAUCCUGAGCAGUUUGUGGACAACACGGAUACAGCACGGAAGUAUAAUCCUGCCUGCAUCACCCGUGGACUUCCGCAUUAGCCAGGGAGAGUUUCCUCUGGUUCUGGGGCUGACCACUGAAGGUGCAGAGGUGGCUGUCUUAAUACUGGACAAGUCACGUGCUUAUAUCGACCCGUGCCUGUUGGACAUCAUGUGUGACCCUGAGCUUGAUCACCACUUCAUUCUUAAGUGCAAGGUUUGUACUAUUCGUUAUCACUUGUUGUUUACGGCGUGUCAGAGAAGUGUUACACUUCGCUACCCUAGAAUUACAAAGUUCUAUCUGCUCAGUACCUAGAUUUGAGAAAUUUGACGUAAAAAAAACAACAGAGUUUCACAACAUGCUUUUAAGCUUUUUUGAAUGCUGUUCUUUCAAUAUCUUAAUAACGACCCCAAACAAUUUUAUAAUUUUGACAGAGUGGAUAGAUCGUUUGGUUUCUUACCUCAUGGCCUUACUAACUCCGGACAAAAAGUCAGAUAUUCCCAAAAAGUCUUUUACUGUCUCGCUAAACAUCUGAAACUACACGAUAGAUUAUUCGUUAUUAAUGUACGAAGGAAAAGUAAUUUUGACAACUGUAAGCAUAUUACUUUUUACACGCUCCAUAUCACAUCUCAUUCAAUGAGAGUGCCUUCAUAAGAAAGCAAAGUGAAAUGGCAAAGUCUGGAUAAAAUCCAAAGGGGUGGGUGAAGGUUUAUUAAAUUCUCUUUCUAUAUAUAGCGUUCUUGAUGCCCAGAUGCUGAUCAAAUCCAACUGUUAUUAACACAAAAAAUACUACCUAACUCUCUGUUGUUCGAUGUAGGCGAUUUGCUUUACUGGAGAUUUUGCCAAACUCAUAAUAAUUGAAAUUUGACCACACCCUCACCUGUUGUAUCUUAUAAUUUGGAAGGCAAAUGUCCACUAAUAAUUAAGCCGGAAUUUGCUUGACCUACUGCGUACA